GGGGGAUAGCAGAAGGCAGAUCCCAGAAAACAGGUCCCUGCUUGGCUUCCCCGGCACGGAGUUGAGGCUGCAGCCGGCUGCCUGGAGAGAGGGGCGGGUAGGGAGGCGACGCGCAGCGAGAGUACUGCUCUGACGCACCAGCACCCCCUCCGGCACCCACACGCUCCAGGGUCGCCCAGCUUCCCCCGACCUGGGAGAUGCUCAGCUCUGGGAGACCAGACCGCUGUCUCUGCCUAGGCGAAAAGCCUGGGCAUGUGACAGCUUAGGAGGGCCCUGGCUGCCAGACGCAGCCCAGCACCCUCCUCUCUGCCACACCAUCUCCCACGGAUGCUCACUGGCAGGAGGUUGGGGCCAGGUUCAUAGACAAGCCCCAGAAACCCCGCCACCAGCCAGAGGUUGCAAACAUCCAGAGUGGCUCUGGGCACAGUGGCCACCGUCGGUCUUCCUGAACGCCCCUUCUGCGCACACCCUGGGCCGGUCUCCUGACCCAACGAUGGAUUCGCCUGUGAACGUAACCUACUUUUCCCUCUCCACCCCCGCCCCUUUGGAGACCAACCACAGCAGCCUUGAUGCCGAAGACCCGCGCCCCAGCCUGCCCCUCCUCUCUGUCUUCGGUGUGCUUGUUCUGACCUUGCUGGGCUUUCUGGUGGCUGCGACGUUCUCCUGGAACCUCCUGGUGCUGGCGACCAUUCUCCGUGUGCGCACCUUCCACCGGGUUCCGCACAACUUAGUGGCGUCCAUGGCCAUCUCGGAUGUGCUCGUGGCCGCUCUGGUCAUGCCACUGAGCCUGGUGCAUGAGCUGUCCGGCCGCCGCUGGCAGCUGGGCCGACGACUGUGCCAGCUGUGGAUCGCGUGCGAUGUGCUCUGCUGCACCGCCAGCAUCUGGAACGUGACGGCCAUCGCGCUGGAUCGCUACUGGUCCAUCACCCGCCAUCUGGAAUACACGCUCAGCGCCCGCAAGCGCGUCUCCAAUGUUAUGAUAGUGCUCACGUGGGCGCUCUCCGCGGUGAUCUCCCUGGCGCCGCUGCUCUUCGGCUGGGGGGAGACCUACUCUGAGGGCAGCGAGGAAUGCCAGGUGAGCCGCGAGCCCUCCUACACCGUGUUCUCCACCGUGGGCGCCUUCUACCUGCCGCUCUGCGUGGUGCUCUUCGUGUACUGGAAGAUCUACAAGGCCGCCAAGUUCCGCGUGGGCUCCAGGAAGACCAACAGCGUCUCACCCUUAUCGGAGGCUAUAGAGGGGAAGACCUCUGCUCAGCAGCCCCAGAUGGCGUUCACUGUCUGCCAGACCACCGUCACCUUCCAGACCGAAGGGGACACGUGGAGGGAGCAGAAGGAGCAGAGAGCUGCCCUGAUGGUGGGCAUCCUCAUUGGGGUGUUCGCGCUCUGCUGGAUCCCCUUCUUCACCACAGAGCUCAUCAGCCCGCUCUGCCUCUGCGACGUCCCCGCCGUCUGGAAGAGCAUCUUCCUCUGGCUCGGUUACUCCAACUCCUUCUUCAACCCCCUCAUCUACACAGCUUUCAACAAGAACUACAACAGCGCCUUCAAGAAUUUCUUUUCUAGGCAUCACUGAGCCUGAAGCCUGGGGACAAGGAGGAGCUAUCCCCUAACUCGGUGACGCUUCCAACCCCGUCUGCUUCCCCAUCCCUACCUGGCCCCACACGGAAGACACGAGUCCUCAAGGCUCCCCAGGGUCGUCUUCGGAACUAGCCCUCACUUCCGAACUCCUGGGUAGGAAUGUGGGCCUUCACAGGCAGUUUGGGUGACCUCACUGAUCUAACUUACCUGUUACUGCCCACUCUGCACCUAACAGCCACAGACUUUGCCUACAAAGUACCCUUUCCCUCCCAAAAUCCACUCCAGCGGGGUCAUUGUCCUUGCCCCGGAGA